AGAGCACUCUCCAGACACUCACUCUCACUCUCUCUGAAGCUGCUCCUCACUCUUCACCUCCGCCAUCGCCUACUCCCUCCAUCUCCUCCCCAGCGACCCAGCUCCUACUCUCACCACGGCCACGGCGGUUCCCGGAUCUGAACCAGCCGCACCGUAACGCCGCCGUACAGCAGCAGUCCCAACAGGUACCCUUCCCUGGCCGGCAGCGGCACCUAUCACCGGCAGGCGGCAUCCAAGAUCGCCCCGCUUGCACCAACGCGCCGCAAAUCCUCCAUCCCUACAUCCGACUAGGGGAUGGCCGACGCGGCCCUCAGGGCAGCACAAUGGGUGGUGGGCAAGGCGGUAGCCCCUGUUGUCGAUGGCGUGCUGGAGACUUGGGCGGCCACCAGGAACUUUCAGCCCAACAUCGAGGCCCUGAGCAUGGAACUGUUGCUCGUGAAGGCCACCCUUGAACAAGCUGCCCUCAAGGAGCUCGGCGGGCCGGCCAUGGAGGUGCUGCUGCAGAAGCUGCGGGACUCGGCACACAAUGCUGAGGACUUGCUGGAUGAGUUGGACUACUUCCGCAUCCAUGAUGUGCUUCACGGCACUCAUGAUGCUGCCGACGUGCACGGCAAAGGCGGCGUCCAGGAUCUCGCCCUAACUGUUCGCCACACAGCCAAAGCUCUUGGCAAAAACCUGCCAUCUUUGCCCGCGUACGGUCGGAAGAGGUCACGAGGUGAUUCCUCCUCAACACCAAAUGCCAAUCAGGUUGAUGAGGAAGUCAGCAGACACAUGCCCAAGCUCGGUAAAAUCUUCCCUGGCUCAUCUUCCCCACAUCCACAUGUUCGUGCUGAUGAAGAUUGUGGCAAUGCGCAAGAAACACCAAUGCCUGAGUUUAAUAAGGCUGAGUUCUCUCAAAGGAUGAAGGGCAUUGUAGAGAAACUGCAGACUGUCCGUAAGGAUGUUAACAACAUUCUGCAAGUUUGUGGCCCUAGAAUUGUCCUAGACACUGCCCACCAUCGUCCCACCACCACACCUCAGAGUGCUGAGCCAAAAUUGUACGGAAGGGACCAUGUCAUGAAUAGCAUCAUACAUGAUAUCACCAAGGGUCAAUACUGUGACAAGGGUCUAACCGUGCUUCCAGUUGUUGGCCAAGGUGGAAUGGGGAAGACAACUCUGAUACAACACAUAUAUAACAACCAACAAGCGCAGAAUCAUUUUCCGGUCAGGAUUUGGAUAUGUGUGUCAUUCAGUUUCAACCUGGGUAAAACACUAGAAGAGAUUAUAAGAUAUACACCUGCAGUUGAAGGUGAAAAUGGGUGUAGUACAACACAAGAGCUGAUUGAACAAAGAUUGAAACACAAAAGGUUCUUACUUAUAUUGGAUGAUAUAUGGCAGUUUACUGAUGUGGAUGACUGGAAAAAACUAUUAUUGAUACUUGGCAAGUCACAAGAAAAGGGUUCCAUGAUUCUAGUCACAACUCGGCAAAAGGAAAUAGCAGACCAGGUUAAGAAAACUGUUGAGCCAAUAGAACUGAAUGGUUUAGAACCUAGAGAGUUUAAGAAGUUAUUCCUUUUAUAUGUCUUUGAUGCUGAGCAAUACCCAGAGAAAAAACUUCAUUUGCUUGACACUGGAGAUAAGAUAAUGGAAAAACUAAAGGGCUCCCCUCUUGCAGCAAAGACCGUUGGUAGAUUACUAAGGACAAACACUUGUUUGGCUCAUUGGAGAAUGGUCCUAAAUAGUAAACAAUGGGCGAAACAGACCAAUGGAAUUAUGCCUGCCUUGGAGCUUAGCUAUGACUUUCUUCCUUUCCAUUUGCAAAGGUGGUUUUCCUAUUCUGCAUUAUUUCCUGAAGACUACCAUUUCAGAAGGCAUGAGCUCAUCAGCCUAUGGACCGGACUAGAUAUUUUGACACCUUCUAAUCAAAACCCAACUUUUGAAGGCACAGGUCUGAGCAUUUUAAAUGACUUAGUCAUCCAUGGAUUUUUCAGAGAAUAUAAAACUGGUGGUGAUAUAUGGUAUGUUAUGCAUGACCUACUGCAUGAGUUGGCAUUGAAGGUUGCAUCACAUGAUUGUCUUAGUUUUCGCCUCCCUGAUGUUGGAUCGGUAGAAAUUAAGCCAUCCACCCGGCACUUGUCUAUAAGCAUAGAGAACUUGGGUGAAUAUAAUGGUAAAAACUUAAAGAGGGAAUUGGAAAAACUGAAGACAAGAUUGAAGGUUGAACAUUUGCAAACACUGAUGUUAUUUGGAGCAACGGAUGAAGGUCUUGCUAAGCUAUUUGGUGAUUUUCUCGGGGAAGCAAAUGCUCUCCGUGUUCUUUAUUUGCCCCACCUGAAGUAUCCGGUCGAGGCCAUGGUACAUAACUUUUCAGGACUUAUCCACCUACGAUUCCUAUGUCUAGGGUCAUUGGAGAGUGUGGUGCCCAUUAUUUUACCACUUAACAUCUCUAAAUUUUAUCAUCUAAGGGUUCUAGAUCUUAAGUCAUGGUCUGGCAGUAGCAGGGGCGGAGCCAGCCCAGUGGGCCGCCCCGGGCCCUCUUCAUAUACUGUAGCGGAUAUGUGGACAGUAAAUCGCUACAGUAUAAGAAGAAAUUGGGCCUCACGCCGCAGGCCUGGGCCCUGGGGGUCUGGGGGCCUGUAUCCGCCACUGAGCAGUGGUGGUUUUCCUGAAGGCAUGAGUAACCUUGCAAAAUUGUGCCAUUAUUAUACCCCAAGAGAUGAUGAGCUUCAUUCUAAUAUUUGUAAUGUGGGAAAACUUGAACUCUUGGAAAAGUUAAAGGUAUUUCGAAUCAAUAAAAAAAGUGAAGGAUUUGAACCAUAUCAACUAGAGCAUUUGACCAAGCUGUGGGAGCUUGGCAUCUACAACCUUGAGAAAAUACAUACGGAAGAUGAGGCAGCUCAAGUCAAACUGAAUGAGAAAAAGUGCUUGAGAAGGUUAACAUUGGACUGGGAUCAUAGUGAGCAAUAUAGUGUUGAGCCUGGUGUGGAAGCAGUGGUUCUAGAGUGCCUUCGACCACAUGAAAAUCUUGAAGUGUUAUGCAUUAGAGGGCACAGAGGCCCCACUUGUCCAACAUGGCUGGGUGAUGAGCUUGUUGUUGAGACUCUGCAAUCUCUUUGUCUUGAUGAUGUUUCUUGGAAGGUUUUCCCUUCUUUACGGAACAUGGGGGAUCUUUGUGAACUUGAGAUACAAGAUUGUCCAGGAUUCUCAUCAGUGAUUUCCAUGUCCUGGAUUGAAAAUCUGCGUCGUGUCACGGUAAAACAUGUAAAGUUACUAGAAAAUUUUGAGUACUCAAAAUCAUCAGAUGGAGUAGAAUUGAAUAUUGAGGGAAAGCAUGGUCUGCAUGGCUUAGAUCAAGCGUUAUUUUUUGAUAAAGAAACGAGUCUUGAGAAGCUGACACUCAAGAGGUGCCCGCCUCUGGAGUUGAAGCACCUUCUGAUGCUAACCUCGUUGAAGACAUUGAUGGUAUGGAAUUCAGUAAGUCUGGUUGGACCACUAGGAGGUCAGGGUAAUGUGGAAUGGCAGCUCCCUGUUGAGCACAUCAAGAUCAGCAACUUGAAUGGUAAUAGUGGGAAGGAAUUGACAGAGCUCUUAUCCCACCUCCCAAAGCUCUCCAAUUUGGAUAUACAACAUUGUAAAAACAUAAAACAGCUAGUAGUGGGGGUGGAUGUGAAACAAACAACACCAGCAACACCAAAGCUGGUCUUCCCAGCUCAUCUCUUUGACUCAUUACGGGAAUUGGAGUUCUAUGGCUGCCUAGAGGUGAUCCUGGUGGACCCGCGAACUCUUCUUCCUGAAGGAGUAUGGCUCCAAGCCUUGCGGUCCCUCCAGAGAUUAACAAUACAGGAGUGCCCAAAGUUUCUAUCCGCCUUCUCAUUUUCCGGUCACCUUUUUCCUUCCUCCCUGGAGUUCCUGAAGCUUACGGGUGUUAAAGGCAUGGGGACACUAGAGCCCCUCUCAAACCUCUCCUCCCUUACCAGAUUAGAAUUGUAUUGGUGCGGAGAGGAUCUAAAAUGUCAGGGCUUGCAGUCUCUCCUUACCACCAGUGGUCAGCUCAGCAAAUUAAGAGUCAUAGGUAGCCCUGGUUCCUUUGCUAAUUGGGAUCCCAAUCCCAGACGGGAGUUGGAGGAUGUUGAAGGAGGACAAGAGCAACCUGUUUCAUCGAGACUGCAGGAGCUCUACACGUAUGUUGACGAGGGACUCCUUUCUGCACCUGUCUGCAGCUUGCUCUCUUCCUCCCUCACCAUGCUGGAACUUCAAGGGGGUGGGUGUGAAGGGAUGGAGCGCUUCAGCAAGGAGCAGGAGGACGCCCUUCAGCUCCUCUCCUCCCUCCAGCAACUUCACUUUUCGUGUUUCCAGAAGCUUCAGCAACUUCCUGCAGGCCUGCACAACCUUACCAGCCUCAAGGAAUUAAUGAUCUACGACUGUCCAGCUAUCUCGUCAUUGCCCAAGGAUGGCCUCCCCAAAUCACUGCAAAAGUUAUGGGUCAGCAACUGCGGCAACCAGGAGCUAAUACAGCAGUGCAGGGGUUUGAAGGACAUCAUGCAUGACAUUCUUAUAAACACAAUUGCCACAUGCAUGACAUGAGGUCCUUGUGGCUGCCGCUGUAUCAUAUCAAUUUGGUGUUCUUGUGCUUCUGAUGCCUUUCUGCUACUUUGCUAUUCGCACCACUUCUGUUUAUAUUUGUUCCAAACUCAUGAAGACUUGAUAUGGUGUAUCUGGAAAGUUUAGUUUUGAUGUUCAAAAGGUCAUCAUGGCAUAAUUAUGAAAAAAAACUCGGUUUUCAGUGUUCUGCCACCAAUAAGGUUUGCAUUUCUGUAUCCAGUCUACAUUCUACCGAUACAAGGGCAAGUGCAAUUUUGAAAUUUCAUAACUCCAUUAAGUCAUCAAGAUGCAUAAUUACAACCCCAGGACAGUGUCUUUUAACAAGACUUCAGAAGAUCUCUUCUUUCCAACUGCUACAUGUCACCAACAGACUGGCAGAGCUGCACAGAAAAAAUGAACAUGUGGUACUGCUGAUAAAUUCCCGUCUCACUCUAUUAUCUUGGGGAAAAUUGCAAUGCAGUCUAGGGUAUCAUUUAUGCAUAUGAACUUAUGAAGUGAUACAGCAUGCGCCACUGCAACUUGGAAUUUGUCCCUAAUUGGUCUUCAGAUGGAUCCCCCCUCUGAAGUAUCUCAUGUAUAUGCAGCAGCAUGGAUAUCACUGGAAGAAAAAGAUGGAGGUGGGGAAACCGGGAAAGGUGUCGUUGAAGGGUUACCGCACCACUUGCUAGAAACAAUUGCAGAAAUGCUUGUUGGCUCCCAUCACUAAACUGAUGUACCUAAAAUACUCAGAGGUUCAUUCAUGCGAGAAUCUACUGCCAAGGAUGGUGACGAAUUGACUUGCGACCAGUCCGCGGAAGAUCAGAAGCCAUACUAAGGAAGAAGCAGAAACACGGCCUAGGCUGGCUUGUGAUGUCGCUCGGAAUUAAAUUGCUGUGAUGAGAACAACCGGACUGCAUCAUCUUCUGAAGAGAGCGACACUUGUCAUGCUGUUAACUGGAGAAAUCGACACCCAGCAGUCGAUUGGCGCCAAACCGGGCGGGCACAACGUCGACCGUCAGAUCUUCAUCUAACAGCAACUCACAGCUUCGUUCAGAGUUACGACAGACCACCUCCCUUGGUGGCGCAUCCAGCGGCUCUGAAGACUGGAGCGGCCCCAGUUUGAACUAUUACCUUUAUUACUGCCUCCUUGUUCACCUGCUUUACUUCAUUAGCAUCGUUAAAGUUAAGAUUACCUUUCACUGGUUGUAAUUAAUGGGUAUAAAACCAACCCGGGAUCUAUCUGAGAGCCAUCUUCCUGUACUUGGGGUAAAUGCGUGUCCUUAAUCUGCUAUAUAUUUAUCUUGCGGUCA